CAGUCGGACAAGUUUUUAAGACAACACUCCAGUCUGUCAACUUUAGUUUACUUAGACUGACUAGUGCUGCUGUAUCACCUUAACAAGUUAGUAACAGCAGUCCAGAAGCCAUGCCGAACCACGCGGAGCAGUGGAUCCGCACUUCGAUGCGCACCCCGGGCAUUUUUAUCUUCGGAAUGGUCCUUGCGCCUUGCGGCUGGAUCCUAAACCUCACAGCGACAGUGGCUCCCAACUGGAGAACCAUCAACGCUAUCGCCUUACUGCCGGUUGAUACGUUUCUACAACAAGGCAUCUGGGACAUAUGCAAGACGUCCAGCUCGUCCCAAGUAAACCAAUGUAACCAAAAGGACGAGGCGUACUUCAACAACCAGAUUAUAGCGGUCGCCCAGGGCUUGAUGGUAGCGUCUCUGAUAUUGACUCUGAUCGGGCUGGCCACGGCAACCCCCGGGGUAAGGUGCUGGAAAGACCGCCCGAACUGGACAGUAGCCGGGCUGGGGGGAAUGCUCAUCUUUCUGUCUGGAGUCUUGACGAUCAUCCCUAUUGCAUGGUACACUCACAUCUUCAAGGACAUCGCCGCAUCCAGCACCGAUAUUCGCGUCGGCUACUGUAUUAUUUUGGGAUACAUCGGGGGCAUCUUCGAGCUACUGGGCGGCUUGGUCAUGUUCAUUGGGAUAUGUCGUUGCUGUGGCGGUAAGAACCGCGGAGAGACGCGAAUCUCGGAGACCACAGCCCACUUCAGAAACACCAAACCCCCACCGCGCCGCAUCGAGGUGCCGAGUAUAGCCCGAACCCGGAGUAGCGCGAGCAGCGUCCCCUACUCUAAAGACUCCAUGGAAGACGAGGCAGACUUCCCCCGGGCAAAGAGCACCUCGUACGGAGGAAGACGACCCGCUUAUGACGUUGAUCUGUGAGGUCAUUAUGGUGACGAGGGCCAGUUGCCAUUGAUAGGUGUGACAUGUAUACUAUAGCACUACACAGUAACAUUACAUAUCUACCAAUGAAGGACAUUUACCUCUACAUGUAGGCAUGUCGUUUUAACCAUAAAACUAGGCCUGAUCUUGUUGUUUGGGUGAAUAUGAUAGAAAUAUAAAUUAUUUCACACUUUUGGGAAUAUGCCUAUAAUGUGGCCUAUGGCAUGUUUGUAUUUGAAGAUGUCAUUUGUAAAUAAUGUUACAAUGCCAGCGCCAUAGAACAUGGAAUACAGAGCCUUCAGGAAGUAUUCAGACCCCUUUACUUUCUCUACAUUUUGUUAGGUUACAACCUUAUCAAAUUGUUUUUUUUUCUCCAUCAAUCUACACACACUACCCUGUAAUGGCAAUGCAAAAACAGGCUUUUAGAAAUGUUUGCUAAUUUAUAAACAAAUAAAUACCACAUUUACAUAAGUA